AACACACACACACACACACACACACACACACACACAUGUUGGGAUUCCAUGUUUUAUGGGGACAUUCCAUAGACACAAUGGUUUUUAUACUGUACAAACUGUAUCUCAUAUUCCCUCCCCCUACCCCUAACAAUCACACACAACUGUCUGCUCUUUUACAUUUUCACAAAAGUUCAUUCUGUAUGAUUUAUAAGCUUGUUUCCUCAUGAGGACCAAAAAAUGUCCCCACAAGGACAAGGGUUUUGGAUAUUGCCAUCUUUGUGGGGACAUUUUGUGCCCAUACCGUAGGGUUUACCCUUCACACACACACACACACACACAAACGCACACGCACGCGCACACACACACACACACGCACACACGCAUGCACGCACACACACACACACACACACACGCACACACAGCUCGUGAGUUUCUCUCUCUCUCAAUUUCAAUGUAAGGGCCCUUUAUUAGCAUGACAAAGUGUACAUUGGUAUUGCCAAAGCAUCUCCAGCUGGGCUGCGUACACAUAUGUAACAAACGAAAAGAAAGAUAAUUAUAAUAAUAAAAUAAAAUAAAGUGUUUAUGUAUGUAGUGCAACUUAAAGUGGUUGAUAAUAUAUGUAAAUAUGAGUUUACAAGAUCAAAAUAUAGAUGUAAGUAUUAGAAUAAAGGGCUAUAAUAAUAUAAUGUUGUGUAGAUAUUGGACACAUCAGGUCAGAGCAGAUUGAUUGUUUUCUCUUGUGUUGUGACAGACAGCUAACACACAGCAUCCUUGUGUUCUCCUAACACACACGCCACUUUCUCAUCGUCUGACACACUUUCAAACAUCUGGUUUUUCCAUCAAACAUCGUCCGUAUGUGCGUGUCUCGUUUUUUGCAGUGUGUUAAUGGCGGACAGAACAGAACAGAUUGGUUUUGAAAACAUUUCUUCGGCAUCAAGGAUGAACAAGGCAGUUGUGGUUUUUGUAAAGGAGGAAGAGUUAGUUAAUCGCCUAGUUGUCAGCGGAAUUGCGGUAAGUGGCGUUUUUAUUAAUGUUUCCCCGCUGGUUGCGCCGACGACACGUAUAACUAUCGCGAACGUGCCCCCAUUCAUUCGUAAUGAUGAAAUCGAGCGGGGAUUAGUUCGUUAUGGAAAGUUUGCUAGCGCAAUCGAAAUGGUUCCACUUUGCUGUAGAAAUGCAGCAUUAAAGCAUGUUAUGUCGUUUAGGAGGCAGGUGUUCAUGUUUUUGAAUGAGCCAGAGUUGGAUGUUUCUUUUAGAGUAUGGCAUGAAGGUAAGGCGUACAUGAUUUACGCAAGCUCUGGCAGUAUGAGAUGUUUUGAGUGUGGAGAUGUGGGACAUAAAAGGAUGAAGAGCCCACAUAAAGCCCAGAGCAAUGAAGAAGUUGCAGGUCCUAGUGACGCUGCUGAUGUAGGAAAUGGACACGAUACUGUAUCACAGUUGCACACUGGAGAAUCGAGUGAUGGUCAAGCUCAAAGUGUUACUCAAACUGAUGAUGUUGUUAAUGAUGAUGGUGAUGAUAAUGAGCUUGAGAAAGAUGAGGAACAUGGCUUGUCUGAACAAAGUAAAAAGGCUGAGAUUAAUGGAAGUGUAUAUGAUGAAGUGGCAGGGACAUCUGAAUGUGUUGAAAUGUCUGAGGAGGAAGAGAUGGGAGAUGAUGAUUCAGUUUCUGAUAUUUCUGAGAUAGGUUCACAGGUUUUAGAUGAUACGUACACAUUACAGGAAAUUAAUACGUUUUUGGAUGCAACGUUUGGAAAAACAGUGAAGGUCAAAGAUUCUUUUCCGGAUAUAGAAAAAUUUAUUGGGUCAGUGGGAUUGCUACAGAGAACGGCCAGUUACGAGGCAUUAAGUAAAAAAAAGAGAUUUCGUUUGAAAAAAAUGGUAACAAAUUUAAGGAAGGAAAAAAAGCGUGCUUUGGAGGAAAAAAGUAAAAUGAAAAAAAUGCACAUGGUGGUUUCUAAACUUUGUGAGUUACGUUUGUUCCUGUACUGUCUCUUUCCUUUCCUCUUUAUUAUGGGGUAUUUGAGGGUGGGAUCUUUAAACAUAAAUGGAGGUAGAGAUAGGAAUAAGUUAGCAAUGAUCUCAGAGUUUUUCCAAAUUAAUCGGGUUGAUGUAGCUUUUAUUCAAGAAACCCAUACUAAUACUGAUAAUGAAAAUGAAUGGAAUAUGUGGUGGGAGGGGAAGCUCAUUUUAAGUCAUGGGGCAAACAAUAGCGCAGGAGUAGCAAUUUUAUUUUCUAAGAAUAUAAAUGUUAAAAUCUUAACUGUAAAUGAGGUUGUAAAAGGUAGAAUGUUGUUAACUAAAAUAGAGGUUGGAGAAAUGGUAUUUAUUUUAAUUAAUGUUUAUGCCCCCAAUAAUGGGGUUGAAAGGAUGGAUUUUUUGUAUGAAAAUGAGAAGGGAAAUUCGGACACUUAAUAGUAAUGAAUGUAUUGUUUUGGGAGGAGAUUGGAAUUGCACCACAGAUUUUAUAAUUGAUAGAAAUGGUGAAGAGCCAGAUAGUCGAUCUAGUAAUGUGUUGACAAAUGUAUUGAAUGAAUUUGAAUUACUAGAUGGAGAAUGAUCAAUCAAAAAGCUAGACAAAAUACUUGGCUUAAAGUAACUGAUAAUAGAGUUUGUGGUGCAAGACUAGAUAGAUUUUAUUUGGGUAAAUUAUGGAAUAAUAGGGUGAUGAAGGCUUUCCAUUUUGAACAGUUUUUCAGACCAUCACAUGGUUAUUUUUGAUUUUCAUUUUAAACGUAUGUCAAAAUGUACUUAUUAUUGGCAUUUUAAUGCUAAAUUAUUAUAAGAUGUUAAUUUUUGUGAUUUAUUUGAUUUGUUCUGGAAGAAAUGGAAAACGAAGAAGGAAUCAUUUGAAAAUCUCAGUCAGUGGAGGGAUGUGGGUAAAGUGAACAUAAGGAUUUUUUGUCAGAAUUAUUCAUCAUGUAUUGGAUCAGUGGUAAAGGAAACUGUGGAAAGACUACAAAUAGACAUUGAACUUUUAGAAAAGGAAUGUUUUUAUAAUAAUGAACUUGUGCAUGAUGAUGCCUUACAAAGGAAAAGGAGAGAGCUUGGAA